AUGUUCGAGCCUCAGCGAUCAUUCGGGGUGGUGUCUACUCCCGGUGCUACGAUGAAUCUUCGGAGGAGAACAGGUAUUUCCGAUGACCAAUUCUCGUCGUAUUCUCAUGAGGAUAAGUCUAAAACGGAGAUGAAGACUAAAAUCAUCAAGAGCAUAAGAAAUUUUGAUUUGUAUCCUAAAACUGAUUCGGUGGCAACUAAAAAGACAUCGCUGGGAGGUUUUGUCUCUUUAUUUGCCAUGAUCAUUAUUACUUUUCUCGUUGGAUCUGCUCUCAUUCGAUAUUUGAGUGUGGACCGACGAGAUACACUCUCAGUUGAUAUUCAAGUAGAGGACAGAGUUGUUAUUUUCUUUAAUAUUACCUUUCCAGAUUUGAAAUGUUAUGAUCUUCAUUUGGAUUCUGUGGACGCUAGUGGUGAUGCUGCCAUUGAUGUUGCACAUCACAUUCAUAAAGUACCUGUUGAUUCAUCAGGUAGAAUUACUCAUUUGGAAUCAAAACAUAAAGCUAAGCUCGGAACUGAAAUGCCCCAAGAGAAAUAUGAUCCUACAAAGGAUCCACAUAGUGUCAUGUUUUGUGGAAGCUGUUAUAUUGAAAAGAAAAGAGGGCAAUGUUGUAACACAUGUCAAGAUGUGAUGGAGGUCUACAAGAGACAUGGUCUUUCUCCUCCAAGAGUUGAAGACAUUGAACAAUGUUUAUUUGAUGCUUCGAAAAAUCAUCCUGGAUGCAAUAUUUAUGGAACGUUGGAUGUUCAAAAAGUGAAUGGAAAUUUCCACUUUUGCCAGGUAGAAGCUUUUCACAAGAAUAUGAGACACGUAGUUCCUCAUGUCACUUACCCUUUGGAUGAAACGGUUGGAAUUAUUCCAAAAAUUGAUGAAACAGAUGAAAGGCCACCAAAGACUGCACUUUUCAAGUACUUUGUAAAAGUGGUUCCAACCACCUACAAGAGUGCAACUCCAAUUUUGGGAGCUGGUUUGUUCUCCAAAGUAAUUAACACUUAUCAAUUCUCGUUCACCAAGCAUGUGAUGCCAUUCGAUAGUCAAAAAGUAAUGAUGUUGCCAGGAGUAUUUAUUGUUUACAAUUUUGAACCCAUUCGAAUUACGUAUGAAGAGUUUACGGUACCCUUUACUCACUUUUUGGUUGAUUUGUUAGCUGUGUGUGCAGGUGUUUUUGUUGUACUGAAUUAUGUGGACAGACUUUUGGAAUUUGUUGUGUUAAAAUUGAAUAAGAAGCAAGCAUAG